GGGUCGUUUGUUGUUCGCUUGUCAGAUAGGAUAAAUAAGAUAAUAAUUUAUAGAAUUAUGCGAAAUACUUUACUCCGGUUUAAUUGUACCUCAGUGCUAAUAGUACUUAACGUACUUUCACUUUGCUUCACUAUUUGAAGGUUAGUUUGUUGCAUUCGGUAUCCUACUGAUUUUUUAGUUGUUUUUUAUUUAUUUCAUCCCUCUGCAGUAAUAACUCUCGACAGUCGAAUAUAAUUAACUAAUUAUUCAGUUCGCUCUCAGCGGUGCAAUAGCGAGGUGUGUUAGUAUCUCCGUCGAGUUAUCAAUUUGUCUCGUGUUGUGAUUGUGAACAAUAAUUGAAUUGAAUUACUUGGUGAUACAUCAUCUCUGAAUACUUGAUCAAGAUUUUAAGCAGCGCGAAUUGAUAAAGGACAAUAGCUCUGAUUUAAUGGAUAUUCAUCGAUGGAGAUACACAUUUUAAUUCUUCCAUAGGCUUCACAAAUCCAGACAGUUUUUGCUCAAAUGAACCCAUAACCAAAGAAACUCCCCGUACUGUUCAAACUUCAAAAUAUGGAUCGCAGCCUGCCUAUCCAGCGCGGAAGGCCCGUAUCUGGGCUGGAAGCCGCCCAUGCCAACGAAUACUUCGAACAAUUUCUGAACGCCAGCAGCUUGAAACAUAUAUUGGGUUACUACAGGGGCCUGAUCGAUUACCUUCAUCUCAAACCAAAUGCUUUCCAAUCGUUCUACCCGAAACUGAGAGCCAAUCUGACUUCGUGGAAGGCGAAGGCACUCUGGAAGAAAUUCGACGCCAGGGCCACGCACAAGUGCUACUUGAAAGGCAAGGCAGCAACGAACACCAAGGUUCUGAUUAUCGGUGGCGGGCCCUGUGGUAUGAGGACUGCCAUCGAGGCGCAGUUACUGGGUGCUAAAGUGGUAGUAAUAGAAAAGCGAGACAGAUUUUCCAGGAACAAUGUGCUGCAUUUAUGGCCUUUUGUCAUUGAAGACCUACGAAUGCUGGGGGCAAAGAAAUUUUUUGGAAAAUUCUGCGCAGGAGCCAUCGAUCACAUUAGUAUCAGACGGCUGCAGUGUAUCCUGUUAAAAGUAGCUUUAUUACUCGGUGUAGAAGUUCACACAGAAGUUAGUUUCGAAAAACUUAUAGAACCCAAUGCAACUGAAAAGACUGGUUGGAGGGCUGAAGUUAAACCGUCAGACCAUCCUGUUUCUCAGUAUGAAUUUGAUGUGAUAAUCGGAGCCGAUGGCAAAAGAAACACUUUACAAGGUUUCACAAGGAAGGAAUUUAGAGGCAAGCUAGCUAUAGCCAUUACUGCCAAUUUCAUUAAUAAAAAAACUGAGGCCGAGGCUCGCGUCGAGGAAAUUAGUGGGGUAGCUUUUAUAUUUAAUCAGAAGUUUUUUAAGGAUUUACUGGAAGUCACUCGAAUUGAUUUAGAGAAUAUAGUUUAUUACAAGGAUGACACUCAUUACUUCGUAAUGACUGCUAAGAAAGCUAGUUUAAUAGAAAAAGGUGUCAUUAAGCAGGACUUGGCAGAUACCGAGAAAUUAUUGGCUCCUGAAAAUGUAGAUAGAGAGGCCUUAGAGGCGUAUGCAAUUGAAGCUGCUAAUUUUAGUACGAAUUAUCAGAUGCCCGACCUAGAAUUUGCGGUGAAUCAUUACGGGCAACCGGACAUCGCUAUGUUCGAUUUCACUUCCAUGUUUGCGGCGGACAACGCUUCAAAAGUAGUCGAACGCAACGGUUACCGAUUACUUAUGAUUCUAGUAGGAGAUAGUUUGUUAGAGCCAUUUUGGCCAACCGGUUCCGGUUGCGCUAGAGGUUUCCUCUCCUCCUUAGACGCGGCUUGGGCUAUACGAAGUUGGUCCCUCGGUACCCUCACGCCGUUAGAUGUUUUAGCCGAACGGGAGUCCAUUUAUAGACUCCUCGCACAAACGACCCCCGACAACCUGAAUAAAGAUUGGAAAUCUUACAGCCUCGAGCCCUCCACGAGAUAUCCGAAUCUUAAUAAAGCGGUUAUUAUGCCCCAUCAAACGGUUGGACUUUACGACACCGACAAUCCCGCCAGUAUCGAUAGGAUGAAACGAAAUGCUCAGGAGAGGCCGAACGAAGUACCUAAGAAGAGGAGACGAGGAAAUGUCGAUAACGAGGUACUACUUAAUUGGAUCUCAGAACAAUUACGCAAUCACGAAGAUAUUACCGUAACUGAUAUUGGCUCAAUAUUCAAGGACGGGAAAAUAUUAUGUGCAAUAAUACAUCACUAUAGGCCGGACUUGUUAGAUUACAAUACGAUUAAAGAUGAAGAUCCCGCCAAAAAUAAUCAGCUGGCUUUUGACAUACUCGAAAAAGAAUUAGGAAUACCUCCAAUUAUGACGGGUGAAGAAAUUACCAAUACGGAGGACUUUUUGACCAUGGCUACAUAUUUGACUCAAGUAUAUGACACUUUCAGAGGUGAAAUUCCUCACAUCAAGCAGCCAAAACUGGAAUUGCCAGAAAGUAAUAAACGAAGUGAACUUUCAUUUAAAACCAUAAAAACGUCAAACUUCCAACCAGUCGUGCCAACUCAACCAUCUCGACCUUCGAGCAGACACAAGCGUCAUGCCGAUGCAAUGAUUACUAACAAGGCGCCUAGUUUAGAGAGGAAAACUAGGAAACGCAGGACUCUGGAGAAAAUCGGUGCUAGCGUUGAGGAAAGGCAAAAAAUGUUGGAAGAAAUAGCAUCGAAUCGUGCAGAGAGACAUAACCGAAGAAGACAACAGAGGAAAUUGCAAACCGAACAAUUUGUAAAGAGUAUGCAGAUGUUACAAGCGAAUUCCCGUGAUUCCGAACCAUUCGAGGAUUAUUCUAUAUUUUUAUAUCGUCAAACUGCACCUAAAUUCGAGGAUAGGGUGAAAGAUUUAGAAAAGCAAUUUACGUAUAUACCUGAUCAUGAAAACAAAAUGCCAAAUCUUACAUCUCGUACUGGGGGAGCCGACGAAGAUUUGGCAGCUAGAAUCAAAAAUUUCGAAAGUAAAUUACAAGAGCAACAGCCUAUCGAAAAGAAACCUAAGGAUUUACUUCGAGCCAUUGGAAAAAUUGAAACGUCAGAUUGGAAUAUAAAGGAAAUCGAGAAGAAGAUAAAGGAAAACAAAAUGGGUAAACCAUCGAAAGUCUACGAUAAAGAAAAAGUCCCGAAAUGGAGCAAGGAACAAUUCUUAGCUAGACAAACCAAAAUGGAGAAGCAACAUUUGGACAGGCAAGACAGCGCUGAAGCUAAAUAUGCAAAUAUAGACAAGAACAUUAAAGAUUUAGAUCUGAAACUUAAAGAGGGAAAUAUAAGAGAAUUAGGCCGAAACAAGGUGGCUACCAUAACAGAAAAGUUAGUAAGCAAAGUGCCACAGGAAACUAAACCCGUCGAAAAAACUAAUAAUCGUCCAGUUGUAUUGCCUGCACAGGGAGGUUCGGAAUUCUGUCACUUUUGCGGCAAAAGGGUAUAUCUCAUGGAAAGAUUAUCAGCCGAGGGCAGAUUUUUCCAUCACGGAUGUUUCAAAUGUCAAUACUGUAAUACUCAGCUACGCCUUGGAUCGUACGCUUUCGAUCGUGACGGCUUAUAUGAUAACAAAUUCUUUUGUAUACAUCACUUUGGAAUGGUCGGAGAACUUCCUGUCACCAAAGUGAUAAAGAAACCAACUCUAAGGCAACCUGGACGUAGCCCGGAGAAGAAACCGGAAUUGACUGGUUUAGACUUGUUGGACAGAGUUGAAACUCCAGAAAGAGCAGAAUUUGCUAAUCUUUCUACUGGCAACGCAUCAUCGGAUCAAGAAGAGUCCAUAAACCAAAUGGAUGAAGAUGAAUGGACAGACAAGAAUUUCGGAGCUUCCUGUGCAGAAAUGGAGGACAGUGAGGACGAAUCCUCUAGCUUAAGUGACACAGAUAGUGAAGAUGAGGAUGCGUUUGAUGAUGCUUUGGAAGAGCCAGUUACCAAAGAGGGAACGAUGAAGUGGGCCGAUAGAUGGAAAAAUAGUUACUCGAAAAAGAGACGUGAUUCUGAUUCAAAUGGGUACAGCAGUUCAGAUCAAUCCAGUUAUUAUGAAAAUAGCUCUGAUGAUGAUGAUUCUGAAACAGCUACUGAAGGGGAGGAAGAGAUCCGUGCCCGUGAAUUACGUAAACAGGAAGUUCGUGUGGAACCACCUAUAGUGCAAACUGACACUGGCACUGACACUGAGGUUGUCUCUGACGAAACCAGUUCCGAAUCAUCAAGCGAAAUUCAAAACUCUGCAACGGAAAUAUCGACUGACUCUGAGUUUGCACACGACGAUCCCACUCCGACAAGGGAGAUACCCGCAAUUAUUUUAAAUGACUUUAAUGUAACUAAAACGAGGGGCAGUGGAGGAACUGCGAAAAGGAUACAGGUGACAAGUGGUUAUUUGCAAAGGCCCACAAACGAGAGAAUAAAAAAACCAGAUAUCGAGUUAAAACUGAAACCUCUUGUACCUUCUGCACCCUCUAUAAAAAAACCCGCACAUAUUUUACUACCACGUACUGAAGGUUAUGCUUUAAAUCGCACUCAGAGCACUGGGGGAAUUGCCGCUAAAGUAUCGCUAGAACUUAAAAAGAAAUAUUUGCUAGGUGAGAACGCUCCGGGUAGUAUACAAAAAUCAGGCAGCGCUUCUACGCUCGAUUCGAAAUUUAAAACGUUUCACACGGCCAUUUCAGACUGUCAGAAAUUGCUGAAACCCGCUAAAGAAAUAAGCGCCAGCAUGCAAACAUUUUGUAACAAGCUUGACGAGUGCCAUUCGCCUGUCUUAUCACCACAGUCGUCGAUGAUCAACUUGGAUAACGUUAAAAAGGAGGAAUCGACCAAGGAAAAACAACCUCCUCCGGACGUUACAAACGUCACGUCACAUAACACGAGUGAUAACAAAGUGCCUGAAGCCGAACCCUACGUUUUUCAAAAUGAAUCAGAAGGCCGUCCAAGAAGCCCCGUGCACGAAACUUCCAUUAUCGUCCCUGAGAUUGAUUGGAGCAAAAAAAAUCGCAGUCAGUCGUCGGACAGUCUGUGCACAUCAAGCAGCGACAAUAAUGAACACGUAACUACGUCAAACAAUCAGUUUGAGAAUAUACCACGAGUUGAGGUUCAUGAAGCCCAUGACGAUGACGACGACAUUCCGCCGGACUCCCUAUGCAUUGUAGAAACAAACAUGGAAAAACCCGUUCAAACGGAUAACAAUUACUCCUUACACAGCGAACCCUCUAAAUCGAUUACCAGCGAAAAGAAGACACUUAACCAGCCAAAAUCUUUACCCGACUUGGAAAGUAUGUUGCCGGAUAUCCAUAAAUCGCUACACGUUAAUCACAGCAGAGAGAAGGUGUCUCCCGAAGUUGAUAGUAUAUCUAUCAGAAAUUCGAGCGGAUUAAGUUCUCCGGAUUCAGGUGCAGAGCAAGCCACAACCGCCCUAACCGAAACCGAGCUUUCCGAUUGGGCAAGGGACGGAGCCGUAUCCGACGAUUUCGAAGAUGCUGAAUUCGAGUUCAACAGAGAACCCGAAAAGCCUUACAGGAAAAACAAAGAUCCCACAAUCGCAAAAAUGCCAGAAUUGGAUCACAUAUGCGGUAAAGAGAAGCAAAUGAAAGAUUUCAGGAAUAAGACGAUAAUCACUGAAACAAUGAACAGUAUUCUCAGUGCGAACCUGGACAACAUUGAAUUUAUGGAUACAGGGACGGAAACAAGCAGCGACGAUGGUGUGGGCAAUAGUCAAGAGGGUUACGUAUUGUUUAAAAACGAAGAUGAUUUUGCGGAAGACAGUCUCAACCCCAACAUUAACGAUAUAGUUGAAGCAACAAACGUUCACGUAGACGAGAAAUAUGAACCGAAAAACACUGGUUAUUGUAUUCUAGCCACCGAGGAUAAACCAUUUGAUGCUGUGAUAAAUUUAAAGUCGUCCGAUUUAGAAAAGUUAAAACAAAGGCAAACUCUAGCUGAACACGAGGAAGAUAGUUUAUUGAUUGUGGAAACGGGUACAACUACAGAGGAAAAUACUUGCAGCGACUCAACUGUGAAAAAUAUUACUGAGAUAUCGGUAGACAAAGUUCAGCCGCUCGUAGAAAAUCGUACGGAAAAUAACAGUUUACAUAAACAGAAACUAGAAGAAAAGUUGGCGAAAGUCAAAGAAGAAAUGGCGUUGAAAGGACGAGAUUUAAAAGAAAAACGAUUCGACCAAGGAGAAUCCAUUGCGGAUAAUAAUAUCGAAUUCGAGGAACACUGUCAACGUUUACAGUCGAAAGUGGAAUUUGGUAAUGUUAAGGAUUCCAUUGACAUUCGUAAGUCGAGAAGAAAGAGCAAAUCGGAGUCUCCGCAAAAACCGGAUCUAAUACAAGAAGAGAAAUUAACACCUGUGCAGUCGCCAAACUCUUACGCGCCGAAUUUAACGUCCACACCAAAAACUCCCGAUAUUUUAUACAAAAAGGAAAUUUUACAGAAGGAAAGAGACGUUAAUCAAAGAUUAAUACAAGAAAUGGUGAUGAACAAAAUGAAAGCGGAACACAAGUCUUUGGAGAGAAAAAAGAGGAACAGACAAAUAUCCCCCAGUUUAAACACAAGUAGCCCCUUCAAUUUAACGAAGUCUGCCACUACGGAUGUAUCACAAAUUAAUAAAGACAAUUUUAAUAGAAGUUCGAUAUAUUCUACCGGUUCGAGUACUUACACAACACCGGACGUGCUUUUAACGACAAAUUUGAUCCCGUUGCAAAACUCGCAAUCCGUUAACACAAUAUCCGACAUGAACUCAAGUGCUGACAUUUUCUCAACACCUUUAUCGUCAAUAAAGGAGCAAAAUAAUAGGCCGCUCAGUGUUUACUCCUAUAUUACAGAGAAAAAAAUAGACGAGGUAAAACCGAGUCAGCCGUUGAGAAAUUCGGAAAAUUGCAGCAUGCCGGACAUUAGAAAGAAUCUGUUCAGUGACGACUUUGUAACCCCCAAGGCUCCCCCGAGGUUACACAGGUUAAACGACGAAACCAACAAGGCGGACAAAUUAAAACAGGACGCCAGAGCAAGAGCAAAACUCUUAUCUAACGAGGAGCUGGGGUUGAGUCCGGAGGAAAAACUGUUAAAGUUACGAGACAAGAUCAGUAAACGAGGGAAAGAAAACGAAAUUGCGAAUCCGCAUAUUCAGGAAAGUAUAGAGUCCCUCGUGGUGAAUACCGAAAGAAGAAACUCUUUCUUGCAUUCAAACGAUUCUCUGAACAAAAAGAAGAACAACUCGUUUAAAAGAUCUAAAAGUAGUGAAUGCGCGGAACAGACGUCCAAUUUAAAACUGUUGUCCAGUAAAAAUAACGUAGAAUACAACAGGGGAAUUCCGGUCAGAACCAAGUCCGUUUCGGAAUUUCCAAAAACUUUCUCGGCAGCUCAAUCUGCAGAUAAGCAAAUGGAAGCAAAGAAAAUUUGUAAGUCUGAUCCUAAUUUAUUAGAUACUAUAUAUGUUAAACCUAAAAAGAAAAGCAAAGAUCGUGAACGAAGGAAAAGCAUCACGAAAUUAAUAUCUACUCUGUUUACAAAGAAAAGCCCCAGUAGUAAUUCGAAAAGUCUGUUUUCAAAGCUAUCCCCAAAGUCGAAGGAUUUGUCAAAGCAAACGGUCACAGAAGAGCCUGUAAGAAGAAGAAGUUUAUCUGAAAUCGAGAGGGUUGCUACCACGCCACCUCCGAUUCCUCCUUUGCCAGUAAAUUAUACGAUAAAAGAUGAAAGUUCUGAAGGAGAACACGAUUGUAAAAAUCAGGGUCAUAGUUCAUGUGAUACAUUAGAUAAAUCGGGCGUUUUGGAAAAUUCUACCUCUAGUCUCACAGGCAGAAAAACCGGUAAAUCAGCUCGUAAGUUGGUUCGACAAGCACAACUCAAAAGACACCGCAUGGCUCAAGAAAUACAACGAAAACUAGAAGAAACUGAAGUAAAAACCAGGGAAUUAGAAACGAGAGGUGUUUUAGUUGAAAAAGCUCUAAGAGGGGAAGAUAGCAAAGAGUGCCACAGAGACGAAUCCGAAUUAUUGCAGGAGUGGUUCGAUUUGAUGAGGGAUCGCACAGAAUUAAGGCGAUAUGAGAAGGAACUGAUGAUUAGAGCUCAAGAGCUAGAACUUGAAGAUAGGCAUGCAAGGCUACAGCAUGAACUUCGGGAGCGAUUAGAAAAUAAUGAACAAAAAACCGAAGCAGACGUAAAGGUGGAAGAAAGUAUAAUAAACGAAAUGAUGGAAAUUGUUUCCAAAAGAGACUCGCUAAUAGCAGUAAUAGAAGAAGAUCGAUUAAGAUAUUCUACUGAAGACCGAGACUUUGAAGAACAAAUGCUUGCGAAAGGAUUGAGACUAACUUCAAUUCAAAAACCUUCUGAAAAAUAAUCCCAUAUAUCUACUCUAAAAAUCUAUUUAACUUCAUUACUUACUAUAGGCUAGAGGACAUGACCACCAACGUAGACACAGCUGAUUUUAUUGCAGUUUAUUUUAUUUUUUUGUUUUAUGAAGAACCUAUUAUUUCUUCAACUGUAAACACUUAACGUCCAUAUAUAUAUAUUUAACAAUAUUAAUUUAACUAGUCCAUUAAUUUUAUUUUAGUGAUAAUUAAUUUAUGUUAUAUAUAAAAAUAAUGAAUUGUGAUUGUGAAUUGUAUUUUCGGUAAGGAAUUGUAUAGUAUUGUACAAAAAUAUAUUAUUUUGUGAAUGCAUUAUAUGUUGUGUGAAUAAAACGCUUUUAUACAUUUAAA